AUGCUGCUGUCCGCGAUUGCUUUCUUCAAGUUAGUGCAACCUCUGCUAAUGUGUAAAACCAAGCAGCCGUUUCCUGAUCAUCUCCCUCUCCCCGAGGCCCUGCAUCUCCUGCUCGUGCUUCUGCAGCAUGGAUGUGAUAGGUUGGACCUGGGCAAGAAUCUCCUCAAUCACAGCCCCAAAUUUCAAGAUGGACCACCUGAUUCAGCAUCAGUGAUUGCAUCCUCCAGCUCAGCGGGCUAUGGUGUGGUUAAAAAAGAGCGCCUCAUUGAUGUUGCUGGAUGGAAUCGCUACAAAGUCAACAACGAGUCUGAUGCCAAAUGGAAACCUUUACCUGUUAAGAAGAUAUUAAAAAAUGCUGAAGCUCAGGUUGGGAAGAGAAGGAAUUACAGUGUAACAACAGCAAAUUGUGAACACUUUGUCAAUGAGCUUCGAUACGGAAAAUCUGUAUCAUAUCAGGUCCAUCAUUUUGGUGUACUUGGUAUUCCUGCAGUGGCUGCUGCUGCUGUUGUUGGUGGUGCUGCUGUUGUUGGUGCUGUUGCUGUUUGUUCACCUGCUGCUGCUGGUGCUGCUGUUGUUGGACUUAUUGGAUAUGCUAUUAGAGCUCUACGUUUUUGA